AUGCGGCGUCGCCCGCGGAGCCGGGGCGGACGCGGGGCGGCCCGGGCCGGGGAGACGCUCCGGGAGCCCAGGCGCUGCAGCGACCGCAGGAUGGCGGAGACUAUUGGCUGCACCCUGAACUGUACUUGCCAAAGCUUCAAACCUGGGAAAAUAAACAACCGUCAGUGUGAACAGUGCAGACAUGGAUGGGUGGCUCAUGCUCUAAGUAAGCUGAGGAUUCCCCCCAUGUAUCCAACGAGCCAGGUGGAGAUUGUCCAGUCCAAUGUGGUGUUUGAUAUCAGCAGCCUCAUGCUCUAUGGGACCCAGGCCAUCCCCAUUCGCCUGAAGAUCCUCCUGGACCGGCUCUUCAGUGUGUUGAAGCAAGAUGAGGUUCUCCAGAUCCUCCAUGCCUUAGACUGGACCCUUCAGGAUUAUAUUCGUGGAUAUGUGCUACAGGAUGCAUCCGGGAAGGUGCUGGAUCAUUGGAGCAUCAUGACCAGUGAGGAAGAAGUGGCCACCCUGCAGCAGUUCCUUCGUUUUGGUGAGACCAAGUCCAUAGUGGAGCUCAUGGCAAUCCAAGAGAAAGAAGAGCAGUCUGUCAUUGCACCACCUUCCACAGCAAAUGUUGACAUCAGGGCUUUCAUUGAGAGCUAUAGCCACAGAGGUUCAAGCCUCCCUACUCCUGUGGACAAAGGGAACCCCAGCAGUCUACAUCCUUUUGAGAACCUCAUAAACAAUGUGACUUUCAUGCUGCCUUUCCAGUUAUUCAACCCUCUGCCUCCUGCCCUCAUAAGCUCAUUGCCUGAGCAGUACAUGUUGGAGCAGAGUCAGGACCAAAGCCAGGACCCCAAACAGGGAAUCCAUGGGCCUGGGCCCUUCUCUGAUAGUAGCUUCUUAACUUCCACACCAUUUCAAGUUGAAAAAGAACAGUGUUUAAACUGUCCAGAUACCAUUACUCAAAAAGAAGACAACGCCCAUUUAAGUGACUCCAGCUCAUACAGCAUUGCCACUAAGCUUGAAAGGACACAGUUAUCCCCUGAGGCCACUGUGAAGGCAGAGAGGAGCAGCCUGAGCACAAAGAAAGGCCGGGUGUUCUGCACUGCAUGCGAGAAGACUUUCUAUGACAAAGGCACCCUCAAAAUCCACUACAAUGCUGUCCAUCUGAAGAUCAAACAUAAGUGUACCAUUGAAGGGUGUAAUAUGGUUUUCAGCUCCCUGAGGAGCCGUAAUCGCCACAGUGCCAACCCCAAUCCUAGGCUGCACAUGCCAAUGAACAGAAAUAAUCGGGACAAGGAUCUCAGGAACAGCCUAAACCUGGCAGGCUCUGAGAACUACAAACACCCAGGUUUCCCAGGGAUUUCUCCCGACUGCGGACCACUCCCCAGCUACCCUGGUUCUGGGGAGGAUUCUAAAGGCCAACUGGCCUUCCCAAGCAUUGGGCAAAAUGGAGUGCUUUUUCCUAACCUAAAAACAGUCCAGCCUGUCCUUCCUUUCUACCGCAGCCCAGCCACUCCUGCAGAGCUGGCAAAUACCCCUGGGAUGCUGCCUUCUCUCCCUCUAUUAUCUUCUUCAAUCCCAGAACAGCUGGUUUCCAAUGAGAUGCCACUGGAUAUGCUUCCCAAGAAGAAAUCCCGAAAGUCCAGUAUGCCAAUCAAAAUAGAGAAGGAAGUAGUGGAAGUAGAUCAGGAAAAGAAACCCCUGAGCUCUGAUGAAGACACGCCCCUGCAGGUGGUCAGUGAAGAUGAGCUGGAGGCCUUCAGUCCUCGGUCAGACAGAGCACCUGAGGAGCAGCACACACUGUCAGGAGGCUUAGGGAAGUCUCUCCCUCCAGGGGAGAGGCCCAGCAGUCUUGAAUCAGUGACUGAGGCCCAUGGAACCAUCAGCCAAAUUGUUGAACAGGCCACACACAACUCAGAGAGGGAAUCUGAACAGAAGCUAAUGUUGACCAUGGUGCCAAGGGAGGAAGAGGAUGGCAGCCAAGAAUACCACUUCACUCCUGGAGUGGAAGCCCAUGUUCCUUUUCCUGACUACAUGGAGCUUCAGCAACACCUGCUGACUGGGGGACUUCUCACUGCCUUGUCCAACAGGGCCAUGGCUUUUCCUUGCCUCGAAAAUUCCAAAGAACUGGAGCACCUGAGUCAGCAUGCACUAGCAAGGCAAAAGGAAGAGCAUCACAUUCAGUGUGAUAUCUGCAAGAAAACCUUUAAGAACACUUGCAGUUUGAAAAUGCACCUCAAGAACAUGCAUCCUAAAGACACGCACAUGUGCACGGUGGAGGGCUGUUGUGCCACUUUCCCGUCCCGCAGGAGCAGAGACAGACACAGUUCAAACCUAAACCUCCACCAAAAAGUGUUGAACCCAGAGGCAUUGGAGAGUAGUGAAGACCGCUUCCGUGCUGCCUAUCUUCUGAAAGACGUGGCCAAGGAGGCCUACCAGGACACAGCUUUCACACAGCAGGCCUCCCAGACAUCUGUCAUCUUCAAGGGGUCAAGUCGAAUAGACAGUCUGGUUUACCCAGUAAGCCAGGUGCACAGUGCCAGCCUGGAGAGCUACCCCUCUGGCCACCCUAGUGAGGGCACCAUCCUGGAUUUGAGCACUACCUCCAGCACAAAAUCAGAGAGCAGCAGUCCCUCCUCCUGGGAUUCCGAUGGGAUGAGUGGCAUGAGCGAGGAAGGCCCUGUGCUUACAGAGGACAGUGAAGGGAACUGUGAAGGUCCCAGCCUCGUCCCCGGGGCUGACGAAUACCCACUCUGUGUCCUGAUGGAGAAAGCUGACCAGAGCCUUGGCAACCUGCCCUCUGGGUUGUCCAUAACCUGUCACCUCUGUCAAAAGACCUAUAGUAACAAAGGGACCUUCAGGGCCCACUACAAAACUGUGCACCUCCGCCAGCUCCAUAAGUGCAAAGUGCCAGGCUGCAACACCAUGUUUUCUUCUGUUCGCAGUCGAAACAGACACAGCCAGAACCCCAACCUUCAUAAGAGCCUGGCCUCAUCUCCAAGUCACCUCCAGUAG